AUGAGUGUGACGGUUGUGGAUGCCAAUUCCAUGAGCGUUGAAUUGCGUCGUGAGGAGUCCUUGUACUUUUUACGGAAAGCUAUUGGGAACGGCUUUCGCGAUGUCGUGGCGGGCGCGUCAGAGUGGUUCGGACCGAGGCUGACAAAAUGGCACGCUAUUUUGAUUCUUGCUGACAAGGACCUGAGGGUUGCUCGAAAGGCGAUAGCAGUCCGCGAGUGA